AUGUUCCAUGAAAUCAUUGAACUCAUUUUCAGUCGUUGCGCGAUGACGGCUGUCCGUGAUACACUCUGUAAUCUGCGUCCACUCGAAAUUCCUAGACCACACAUUCCUGGUCUACAAUUCAUACCGACCAGAGGGCGUCUUGGCUUCUAUAAGAGCAUUCGCCGUGAUGGAGCUCAGUUUGGGUUACAAAUUAAACCUAUGGGACCACGAAGGCCUGCCUUAGCCGAUGCAUGCUGGGAUCCUCCCGUCAACGCGUCCAAGCAGUCUAAUCCAGAAACCAGCUCACGUCGAAGUAAUCCUGAUGCAUCGAAACAGCUAAAUGAGCAAAGCUGUGGAGAGCGACUCCGUAAUAGUAUGAACUCAUCCGAUGAAGAAUCCCAAACGAGUAGCAUAAGCCAGCUCUCAAAUUAUUCAGAUGGAUCAGCGUCCACAAGAAAUUCGCCAGUCGAUGAACCGGAAUAUCCAGAACCCGAUUACGACAUAAUCACACCACCGAAUGUUAAAACAAAAUUAUGUGCAGAUACAAUUAAUAACUUACGAAAAUUUUGA